GGCGGAGCUGCCCCGGGGAGGAAGCGGCACCAGGCUGGAGGGGAACACCCCUCUUUGAUCCCACGAGGUGCGUCAGGGAAAGUUGGAUUUCGUUUGGCCCGGGAUGGAGACACCUCUCCCCACGCUGCCCCCGGGACCAGAGGAAGCCGGGCUCCGCUCCGCCCCGACCUCAGGUGGUGCGCGUGUGACCCCAGCCGAGAGCCUGACCUCUUUUCCCUCCCGCCCGCCCAUCCCCACCCCUUUCAAGGCCGGGACUUUAUUAAGGCCGGUUCCGUCCGGGCUGAGCCAUCGGCUUAGAAGAAGGCGGGAUCUGGCGGAAGCUCGCGGCGACCAGGCAGCCGGAGAGGAGCCGUGACCAAGAACGAGGUAUUCCACGCAGUUUCUCGUGACUUGAAGGACCGGGGAUUCUGGGAGGUUCCAGGUCUUCCCGGGAAGGAAGGAAAUCUCUGGAAGAAAGGUGAAAGACAACGGGCACUGCCCCGGGACCAGCAGAACCUGAGAAGCUGUGGGAAGCUUAAGGACACCAGCCAGAGGCGUGGGAAGAAGCCGCAGUCCCAGGCCCACGCUGCCUUCGGAAAGAACUGAACUCAACCACUUUUCAUGAAAGAAGGGCCGCCCCAGAGGUUACCCCGCAUUUGGCUGGGCUCUUCCACCCUGGAUGUCCCCGCUCUGCGCAACCUGCGCCUGAGAACCAAAGAAGAUAAGAGGCCUGAUUCAUUUCCCCCCAGCCCAGCGCGGGACAACAGGAGUCAGGCGUCUGCACCCCUAGUGGCUGGCUGCGGGGGCUGGUGAGGAGUUUCUGGUUCCCUCCAGCCUGCGGCUUCAGUGCUUGAUGGGGCUGCCUGUUGGUCGAUCAGCUUUUGCAGCACCCGGUAGGAGCGGAGAGCCGUGGGAAGAGGUCCUGCGGCACCCGAGCCUGGGUUCACCCCAAGACUAAGUUCUUUCCUGAGUUAGAGAGGGAGAGAGAAAGCGAAAAAGAAAAAGGAGAGAAGUUUCCCCUUCCUGUUUUCCCUUCCCGUCAUGUCCUCUAAGUUGGAGCUGAAGGACAUCCACCAGCUGAACGGGACUGGCCCUACCGCUUCACCCUGAUCUUCCGAUGGCCCCGGGCGAGAGCCCUUGGCCGGGACCUCCGAGUUCCUGGGGCCGGAUGAGGCUGGGGUAGAGGUGGUGGUGAUUGAGUCUCGGGCCAACGCCAAGGGGGUGCGGGAGGAGGACGCCCUGCUGGAGAACGGGAGCCAGAGCAAUGAAAGUGACGACGUCAGCACAGACCGUGGCCCCGCACCACCCUCCCCGCUCAUGGACAUCGUACAGCACUGGGAAGUCUUCCAGAAGGUGACAGAGGUCUUCAUCCUGGUGCCUGCACUGCUCGGGCUGAAGGGGAACCUGGAAAUGACCCUGGCAUCGAGGCUGUCCACCGCAGCCAACAUCGGGCACAUGGACACACCCAAGGAGCUCUGGCGGAUGAUCACUGGGAACAUGGCCCUCAUUCAGGUGCAGGCCACAGUGGUGGGCUUCCUGGCGUCCAUUGCAGCUGUCGUCUUUGGCUGGAUCCCUGACGGCCACUUCAGCAUCCCGCAUGCCUUUCUGCUGUGUGCCAGCAGUGUGGCCACAGCCUUCAUUGCCUCCCUGGUACUAGGUAUGAUCAUGAUUGGGGUCAUCAUUGGCUCUCGAAAGAUUGGAAUCAACCCAGACAACGUGGCCACUCCCAUUGCUGCCAGCCUGGGUGACCUCAUUACCUUGGCACUGCUUUCAGGCAUCAGCUGGGGACUCUACCUGGAGCUGGAAAACUGGAAAUACAUCUACCCCCUGGUGUGUGCCUUCUUCGUGGCCCUGCUACCGGUCUGGGUGGUGCUGGCCCGGCGGAGCCCAGCCACAAGGGAGGUGCUGUACUCGGGCUGGGAGCCUGUCAUCAUUGCCAUGGCCAUCAGCAGCGUGGGAGGCCUCAUCUUGGACAAGACUGUGUCAGACCCCAACUUUGCAGGGAUGGCUGUCUUCACACCUGUGAUUAACGGUGUCGGGGGCAAUCUGGUGGCCGUGCAGGCCAGCCGCAUCUCCACCUUCCUCCACAUGAAUGGAAUGCCCGGGGAGAACUCUGAGCAAGCCCCUCGCCGCUGCCCCAGUCCUUGUACCACCUUCUUCAGUCCUGAUGUGAAUUCUCGCUCGGCCCGGGUCCUCUUCCUGCUCGUGGUUCCAGGACACCUGGUCUUCCUCUACACCAUCAGCUGUAUGCAGGGAGGGCAUACCACCCUCACCCUCAUCUUCAUCGUCUUCUACAUGACAGCCGCACUGCUCCAGGUGCUGAUUCUCCUGUACAUCGCUGACUGGAUGGUGCACUGGAUGUGGGGCCGGGGCCUGGACCCCGACAACUUCUCCAUCCCGUACUUGACAGCGCUGGGGGACCUGCUGGGCACUGGGCUCCUAGCACUCAGCUUCCAUGUCCUCUGGCUCAUUGGGGACCGAGACACGGACGUCGGGGACUAGCCUGGUCACUCAACCUUCUCCCCACCCUCUGCACUUUCUUUACGGAUUUUUGUCUUUUGUUCCCCUCCCCCCCACCGUACUCCACACUCCCACCUCUUUCUAGGACUUCACUUUGAUACCGAAUUCUCAUUAUUUUCAAUGGGAAUUUUUAUACAUUGAGCCAAGUUUGUACAGCAAAAAUUCAGGCAGGACAGCGGGACUGAGGCAAGCAGUACAAGUAGAUUUUUGAGACAGUCACCAAGUGCAAUUUCAUGGUGGGUGCCUCCAGGUGAGCUGGACUGGGGCAGGGUUUUCGUCUGGGAUCUGGGAUCAUGUUUUGGCAAACUUAGCUUUGGCCCUAAUGAGAAACCCUUUGUGAGUUGGCUCUGGUGUUUUUUUCUUUCUUUUUACUUUUUUUUUUUUUUUUUGGUUGAACAGAGGGAUAAAUAUAUCCCCCUCUUCCCCCUCACACACACGUAUACACUUUUUCUAGAAAUGGACCAACUUCAAGGCAGGAGACAACUGCUCUUGGCUCCAUAUAAUCCUAGCCCUGCUCUCCGCCCUCUGGACUAGGCCCUCUCUCUCUGAGAGACUAAGGUGGCCUGACUAUUCAGACUAUGCACGUGCCCCUGGCCCAAUGGCUGGUAAGCACCACCAGCCCCUGCCAGUGAUCUUUUUGCAAUCGAUUGUCACAUUCAGGAAGAAAUGAGCAGUGGCCUGGUUUCCUUGUUGACUCAUAUUCACCCAUAGGUUUGCCAAGAUCUAUAUCCUCUCUGGGCCCAGAGGACCAAUUCUUUAUCUCUGUUCAACCUUCACCUCUAAUUGUCUCUAAGCACUACCUUCCCCCAGAGUUGGCCUGAUCCGGUUCCAAGAUUAGGGGCAGGGAUGGGAACGUGGAGAAGGGUUGGGAGGUGGAGGGCCACAGGGAUGUCUCGCUGCUGCUGUUUCUCCUGAAGACACAUGGUCACGUGGCCACCUUAAGGCUGUCACUUUGCAAAAUCCCUCAUUUUGUCACACCGUGGCAAUCAGCUGUCCUCUCUCUCACUUGGCUUCUGCCCACGUUCACCAUCCAUUUACUCGUUCGACAAGUACACGGCCUCCCUUGAGGAGUGCUGCCGCAGGCAUGGUCUGAAACAUCCAUUGAGCAGUAUUGAUUGCGUGCCUACUGUGUGCUAGGUACUGUGCCAGGCACUGACCAGCCUGUGGAAAGGGAAAUACACCUCAUUCCCCAGAUAAAGGCCACGUGCUCCUUUCGUUUCCACGCUGUGUCUGCAUGUGUAUCACCCUGCCAGGUUCUGCCUCUGGAUCUCCCUCCUAGAUGCCACCUGUGUAAAAUGCUGACCCCAGCUACAGCUCCCACCCCCGUGGCUCAACCAGUGUCCAUUUCUCUAAAUGUCCCUUCUUUACCUUCCCUACCCUCUACCUCUCUUCACCAGCCACCCAAAAAAAGGAUUCAGAACUAGUAGACUAGACAUCAACUAGCUGCCUCUUUUCUCUGCCUAGCACAAGGUUGGGAGAACACUGGAGUCCCUCUCUUACCCACAUGUUACUCUGAACAGAUCGGAAAUCUGUCCACUCACAUGUACAAAGUCUGGGCGUUUUGGAUGCAGGUUUUUUUCUAGCCUCUCUAUCCACAGCCUUCCCAGAAACCCUCCCCUCUGUCACCUGAAGGACCCACGUCCAGGGAAAGGCGAAGGAAUGACCUGUCUCUUCCAACACCAUGCCUUAUCCAGGAACUUGCCCUAUACCUCCAGACUCUAUCUUCUCUCUCCCUCUGUUCCCACCCAGGCCACCUAGUGGAGCUAGAACCUUAGAAUCGGAAGGAAUCGUAGAGGUUGUCUAGUUGGAAUUGUGUCCAACAGAGUUCAUUAACACCAGCCUGGGCUUGUCUCUGCUCCUCAGGCCUUGCGUCUUGUCCCCCGUGUCCAAACACAUUUGCACACACUCUUCUUGUACAGGCACCAAAACCAGCUCCUCUGCCCCCGAAGCUGUGCCCUGUGCUCCCCAGUCACCCCCGCCCUGUCGCUCACCCCUUCCUCAUCUCGGCCAGGCUGCCCUGGAAGGCUCUGGAGCUUCUUUGCUGAAAAGGCAGGGAGGUAGGCGUGCCCCCAGUCCUGAGUGUGUGAGCGGAGGGAGGACUCUGGGGUGAGACGGCACGAAAAUGAAGUUGGCUCUCAUGGGAGAUUCAUUUAUGUUCCCUGAUUGCACAAACCGCAUGUACUUUCGGCCUGGCUGCAAGGAGCGACAUUGGUUUACUCUUGUAUCCUUAAAAAGUUACAGAACUGUGUCUUAAGAGAAUUAUUUAUAGUUACUAUAACUGAUUUGACAGAUGUCAACAUAACUGAUAAAUUAUAUUUGGUAAAUAAAGAGGACGUUUAUUUAGGUG